CUCUGUCUGUCUCAUGCUGCCCCUGAUCAAAGGAGUUCCUGCACCAACUUCAUUCCACUGCACAGAGGGAGAACACAUGUUGGAGGCUCAGCAGAGACGGAGCAGAGAGAGUAGACAAACAAAGCUCUCACAUACUGGACCUAUUUUUUAAUGUUGGAUUACUUUUCUCAUGCCAGGGACUUUAUGCGUUUGCGUCUUUGCAUCAGAGCGUAUGAGUGUGAAAGUUUGUGUUUGUGUGUAAAUUUGAACUGUUUUUAAACAUGGAUUCAUCAUUUGCUGUGAGCUCUCUUCCCCUGGCCCUUUUAUUCUCUCUUCAUCUACACAGCCACCUCCUUGUUUGGGCCGCAAUGGACUCUUGCUAUGAUGAAGAAGGCGCCCCAAGCCGCUGCAUGCCCAAGUUUGAGAACAUUGCCUUCAAUCGUACUGUGGUGACAUCAAAUGUGUGCGGUUCCCCACCUGAGGACUACUGCAUGCAGACUGGCUCAACGCGCUCAUGCCACCACUGUGACGCAUCAGAUCCCGACCUGAGCCACAAUGCCAGCCUCCUGACAGACUUCAACAGGAAUGAGGAGCCAACAUGGUGGCAGAGCCAAUCCAUGUAUUAUGGUAUCCAGCACCCCAAUUCUGUCAACCUUUCCCUCCACCUGGGGAAGGCUUUUGAGAUAACCUAUAUACGAUUGAAAUUCUACACCAGUCGGCCGGAGAGCUUCGCCAUCUACAAGCGCACGGAAGUGGAUGGGCCCUGGUUGCCUUACCAGUAUUACAGUGCUUCUUGUAUGAAGACCUAUGGGAAGGAUGCUAAGGGUUACAUACGCCCCGGGGAUGAUGAGAAGACUGCUUUAUGUACAGAUGAGUUCAGUGAUAUCUCUCCACUCACUGGAGGAAACGUGGCUUUUUCCACCCUGGAAGGAAGGCCAGGUGCAUACAACUUUGACCAAAGCGUGGUGUUGAAGGAAUGGGUGACAGCCACUGACCUGCUCAUCUCUUUGGACAGGCUUAACACUUUUGGAGAUGAGUUCUUCAAGGACGCUAAAGUGUUGCGCUCCUACUUCUAUGCCAUCUCUGAUUUCUCUGUAGGUGGCAGAUGUAAGUGUAACGGUCACGCCAGCGAGUGUGUUGAUGGGGAACAUCUGGGCCUGGUCUGUUCCUGCCAACAUCACACUGUUGGAGAUGACUGCCAGAGAUGUCACCCCUUUUACCAGGACAGACCCUGGGCCAGGGCCACUGGAGACUCUGCCAAUGAGUGUUUGAAGUGUAACUGCAGUGGAAGGUCAGACGAGUGCGUGUUUGACAUGGAGCAGUACCGAAGCACUGGCAGUGGGGGGCGCUGUGUGAGCUGCAGAGACAACACUGACGGGCCCCAUUGUGAGCGCUGCAGAGAGAACCACUACAGGAAGUCUGCUGAAGAACCCUGCCUACCCUGCAACUGCAAUAUUGAUGGUUCAGUGAGUCUGCAGUGCGAUGUAGAAGGAAGGUGUGCAUGCCGAGUUGGCGUGACAGGGGAGAAGUGUGACACAUGUCGGGCUGGCUUUCACUCGCUUGGCCCUGGAGGCUGCAGGUCGUGUGAAUGUGACCCCAGUGGGACUGUGGACAAUUGCUCUCCUCUGGAUGGACGCUGUCACUGUAAGCCAAAUGUGGAGGGACAGAGCUGUGACAGAUGCAAGCCAGGCUUUUUCAACCUACAACAAGUGAACCCAGCAGGCUGCCAAGCAUGUUUUUGCUUUGGCCACUCGCUGGCCUGCUCUUCGUCCAAUCACUAUGAGGCUAUUAACAUCUCUUCUGACUUCAUUGAAGAUCAGGAUGGCUGGUUGGGAGAGUUCUCAGCAGGCCAGGAGUACCCUCUGCUGUGGAAGGAAGGUGAAGUCUACCUGCUGCCUCUUACGGUGGAAGACACUGGCUUCUACAAAGCCCCUGAGAAAUUCCUGGGUCAUCAAGUCUUCAGCUACGGCCAGCUCCUCUCCAUCACCUUCACCUCUGAGACCACUGAGCUGCUUCCUGACCGAGUCACCUUGCUACUCCAAGGCUCUGGAGUCACCCUGUCUGCUGACCUUUCACCCCAACCAGUGCUUGACCUUGACUCCGGCUUCACAUCGCAGCACUCCUUCAUUGUCAGGCUUCAUGAAAAUGAGAUGAGAUUUGAACCUCCGCUGUCUCCGUUUAAGUUCCAACAACUACUUAACAACCUGACAACUCUCAGAAUCAGCAACGCUGGAGGACAGAACUACACAUCUCAGCUCGCAGGGGUAACCCUGACCUCAGCCUUCUUGUCCGCUGGUCCAGCCAAUCCUCCGGCUCCAUGGGUGGAAUCUUGUUCCUGUCCCCCGGGCUUUGCAGGCCAGUUUUGUGAGCGGUGCACCCCAGGAUUCACCUGGGAAGACCCCAGCAGAGGGUCUCUCUCAAGAUGUGUACCAUGCAACUGCCACCAGCAUGGAACCUGUCAUCCAGAGACAGGUGUGUGUGAGUGCUCAGACUUCACCACUGGGAUGACCUGUGAGCACUGCCUGGAUGGUUACUAUGGCAAUGCUUUGAUUGGCACCCGUGGUGAUUGUCAGCCUUGCCCUUGCCCGGACCGUACCAGCUGUACAGAAAUUGCGGAGACUGGACAGGUGGUCUGUACCAACUGCCCUACACGACAGACGGGGAUUCGCUGUCAGAUGUGUGAAGAUGGUUACUAUGGUGACCCCUUGGGACAUUCUGGGGCAGCUCAACCGUGUGUGAGAUGCAACUGCAAUGGCAACGUGGACUUCAACGCUUUGGGAAUAUGUGACCACAUCACCGGGCGAUGUUUGAAAUGCUUGAGACACACAGAGGGCGAGCACUGCCAACGCUGCCAGCAAGGUUUCUAUGGCGAUGCCCUGAACCAGACAGCAGGCCAGAAGUGCAAGCCGUGCAGCUGCAAUCCUGGGGGAACCUCUGGACACGUGAAUGAAUGCCACCCUCAAACAGGAAAUUGUCAGUGCCUUGCUCAAGUUACCGGACGGGAUUGCAGUUAUUGUGAAGUAGGCUUCUUCAACCUCCAACCAGGUGCAGGAUGUGAGAGGUGCAAGUGUAAUCCGAUUGGCUCAUCGUCCAUCGCAUGUCAACCAAUCACAGGGCAGUGUGUGUGUCGUGCAGGAGUGAAAGGAAGACUGUGUGAUUCUUGCCGCGUGGGCUUCUUUGGAUUCUCGUCACAAGGUUGCAGAGCCUGUAACUGUGACCCAAUGGGCUCCAUUUCCAUGCAGUGUCACAGUAACGGUACCUGCCACUGUCGCCAGGGCUUUGUGGGUUAUAAGUGUGACAAAUGUGAGUUGAACUAUUUCCACAACACAGCCACACAUCAGUGCGAGGAGUGCCCAGUCUGCUAUGGUCUUUUAAAAAAACAGGCAGAAAAGCUGAGGACUCGCCUGCAGAAUUUGGAGAAGCUGCUGGCUCCCUUUGAUUGCCGCGGUAGAUUUGGGGAGCAGCACCACCUGCUGAAGUAUCACAUGGCCAGGCUUUAUGAGCAUGAGCACCAGAGGGAGGAUAUUUUACCGAAUGCUCUGGAGGAUUUUCUGGCCUUCCAAGAAGCACGGGAGGCCUUCAUAAAACAAUUUUCCUUGCUGGAAGCUUCCACAGGCACACUCUUAGCCCAGCUGCACGGCAUUACAUCUGCUUUGAACUGCAGCAUCAGCAUGACGGGGGAAGAGGGGAAGGAUAGGAGGAAGGAUGAAGGGAGUAGGGGUGUGUGUCAAACCUUUACAGAGACUAGGUUCAUGGUCAGAGUGUCUCAGAAACAGCUAAAGCAGGCAACAGUGGACCUGGACAACAUGAUCAUUCCUUUUGAGGUGGUGUCAGGACCCAACAAAUGGAACAUGAUGGUCAAUGACUCACAGUCCCUAAUGAAAAGUCACAAAGAAACAGCAGAGCACAUUGAGGCCAUAGCCAGCAGGGCGGUAAGCGCCUCGGAGCAGACCUUGGCUUUCCUGAUGGAUCUACUGCAGGACAACUCAACAGAGGAGUACAUCAUGAACCUAACAGAGCAAAUAACACAAAUGCAGCAGCAGAAGGAGAACCUGACAGCGCAGGUGAAUGAAACUGUAGCCAAACAGCUGGUCCUGAAGGGGGAAGCUGCUGCUUUAAAGCUUGCCCUGGGUAAUAUCACAUCAUCCUUACAUCAGCUGGCUCUGACAGAUGCCAGCCCAUCAACAGAGCCUGACCAAACACAGCUCAACCUAACAUAUCCAACCAACCAUACAACAAAGUGGGGCGAGGACCUGCUAAAACAGACAGAAGAGUUGGACCGGCAAAUUCAGACCAAAGACCAUCUCAUCAGUAAGAUCAGAGAGGAAAUGGAGCCUCUAAAACUGACUGCCAACAAGAAACUGGAGAUUGUGGAUGACAUCAGUGAGCUGCAUGCUCACGCCCAAGGGGCAAAGGUCAUGGCUUUGUCGUCCGUGGUGACAGGGAAAGAAGUGGAAUCUGACGCCAUCGCCCUGCACAGGGAACUAGAAUACAUGGUGAGGGAGUGGCCCCGUCAGCAGGCCCAGACCAAGGCUGCAAUAAAGAAGGAAAGACCCUUGGAGGAAAAGGUUCUCGCUGAUGUCAGGAAAAGGGUCUCACAGAUUGCAAAGAUGCUAAUACCAGCUCUGGAAAACUCCAGCCUCUCCAGCAACACCACGAAGGAGGCAGAACAAACAGCACAUGCUGUGGCAAAGGAAUCCAAAGCCAUUCUGACCCAAGCCAAGCAUACCAGGACUGCAUCUGCUCACCUUAGCUCCCAUAUAGACUCUGCUUUACAACAGCUGGCUGAGCAGGAGAUGCAAACGGACGCAGCCAACUCCCAGAUCACUUCCGAGCCUGCGGUUACCCUGACCAGUGUUAAGGAAGACAUGGAAGCAGCCAAGCUUCAGUUGAAGGCCUAUUCUGUUACACUAACUGAGCUAAUCAGCAAGAUUGAUGGUAACAUGCAGCUGGAGCGGUUUGACCGAAUCUUAAACGAGACAGCGCGUCGCCUUAGCAUGCUCCGCGGGAGCGUUGAGAGUCCGGCGCUGGGCAUGAAGAUCCAGAAGCUGCAUUUGGCCGCUAAGGAACAGCAAAGCCGGAUGUCCAUCAUUGAACAGGACUUAGAGGAGAUCAUAGAGGAGAGAGACAGUCUCAGGGACAUAGCUUUAAACCUGCCUCAGUCCUGUCCCCAGGCCACAGGAGCAGGUAAGGUCUAGAUACUCUUCAUGACAGGGAUUUGAUGAAACAGCUGAACAUCAGAAACGUCUGGGAGGAUUUUUUUAAUGAAAGGGGCUGUGGUCUUUUUUUUCUGCUCAGAUAUAUCCUUACAUAUUCCCUUACACUUCCCACCUUUUGCCUCAAGGUACACUUUAUUUUACCAUCUCAAUACACUGUCUCACACACAUUCCAGCCAAAAGCCACAUAGCUCUCCACUGUCUCCCAUACUUUAUAACUAACGUUCUUUUUUGUUUGUUUUUUUUGCUUUCUUUUUUACCAACAAGAUCAGAACUUUGAUUUCACCAUGAAUAAUAUCCAGCCGUUCUGAACUGCUGGAGUGCCCUAUCAAGUUUAAAAUAAUGCAGAUUUUCUUUUUUUUUCUUUGUCGAGGUAAAAGGUUUAUGUGAGUGUUUCUCUAGACUGACACAUUCAUUUACACUUGAGCUCUUUUUCAUCAGCCUAGCUUAAUUAACAAUUAGUCUCCUUGGCCUCAGUGGGGUUCAGGUCAGGCUUCAAAAGCACACAACCUGUGUUCGGGAUUCUAACAGUGCCUACAGUACCCUCUGUUUUUGUGGAUUCUUCAUUAUUAUUAUUAUUAUUAUUGGGUUCAUGGUCUUAAAACAGUACAACAAUUACAUUCAUCUCUUUGUAUGCUAAAACAGUGGACCAUCACCCGUUGCACCUGAAUGGGCGUGUAGGUGAGUGAAAGAUUUUGCAGUAGUAAAGGAAGGAAUACACACACAAUUCUUUUUUUUACCACCAUUUGAACAAAAAUCAAAUCAAUCAACUUUUAUCUGUCACAUGAAAAUCAUUCAAUUCCAGUGAAAUGUAGUCCCAUCAACUCCUUCAACUUGUGCACGAUUCAUCAUUAAGCAGAAAGUUUGUGUGUGUGUGCGCGCCGUACCUUCUUCAUAACCUCAAAAGGGAGAAAAGGUUUCCUGUUUGUUUUUUAGAAGAUCAAUACUGUCACAUCUGUACGCUAAACAUGUUUAUUGUAUUUGUUAAAAAACACAAGUUGGGUUACUGAGUACCUGGCCUCUCGCUGUAACAACAGCACGUUUUGGUAAGUGUUAUAUCUCGGUAAAGAAGACGUUUACACCGACCCGAAAUACAUACAUGCAUACAGUAGCUAUGCAUUAAUGGAGAGAUGUCAAAGCAAGGGUGCUGCCCAUGGACAGACGGCCUGAGCAACUGGCGAUUUGAUGCCUUGCUCAAAGGCACCUCAGCAGUGCACAUGGAGUGACCUGGCACCUCUCCAGCAACCAGUACACACUCCAAACUUGACCCGUACAGGGACUUGAAUGAGCGACUCUUUUUCAUUACUUCAAGUAUUACCUUUAAACCACAAACAAGAUAUACCGUGUUAAUUUGUGAGCUUUGCCUGUUCCUGCCUUAAGGCUACGCUGAGCUAAUCUCCAGAUGACUAGCUUCAUAGUUAACAACAGAUAUGACAGUCUUAUUGAUCUUCUCAUCUAACUCUUGACAAUAAAGUGAAAUAAAUGCAUUUUCCAAAACGUAAAAUUAUUCCUCAGUCAUAUAUCAGUCAUUAUUCUCACUUUUCUGUGCUGUUUGUUGUCAAACUAACUCCAAAAGCACAACUGUUAUCACUUUCACCACAACAUUAUGCUGUGCCCGAUAUUGGUUCACACACUGAUUGAAGAGGUUAACCCAAAUAAACUAUUUAAUAACAUUUGUA